CCCUCCCUUCUCUCUCUGCCUCCAUUUUCUCUCUGUUAGAGAGAGAGAGUGAGUGAGAGAAAGAGACGAAAUGUCGCAGUCGCUGGAGCUUUUGCUGAUACAGUUCCUGAUGCCGGACAACGACGCCCGGCGGCAAGCGGAGGACCAGAUUAAGCGCCUGGCUAAAGACCCUCAAGUCGUCCCCGCCCUCGUCCAGCACCUCCGCACCGCCAAGACUCCCAACGUCCGCCAACUCGCCGCCGUCCUCCUCCGCAAGAAGAUCACCGGACACUGGGCCAAGCUGUCCCCUCAGCUCAAGAGCCUCGUCAAGCAGUCCCUCAUUGAGAGCAUCACCAUGGAGCACAGUCCGCCGGUGCGGCGGGCCAGUGCCAAUGUAGUUAGUGUUGUUGCGAAAUAUGCUGUCCCAGCCGGAGAAUGGCCGGACCUGUUGCCGUUUCUGUUUCAAUGUAGUCAGAGUGCGCAGGAGGAACAUAGAGAGGUGGCAUUGGUCCUUUUCAGCUCUUUGACUGAAACAAUUGGGAAUACAUUUCGGCCACAUUUCGCGGAUUUGCAAGCUUUACUUCUGAAAUGCUUGCAGGAUGAGACAAGCAACCGUGUCAGAGUAGCUGCACUCAAGGCAGUGGGGUCUUUUCUAGAAUUCACUCACGAUGGGACCGAAGUUGUCAAGUUUCGGGAAUUCAUUCCCAGCAUUUUGAACGUAUCAAGACAAUGCCUUGCUGCUGGCGAGGAGGACGUUGCUGUAAUUGCUUUUGAGAUUUUUGACGAGCUAAUUGAAUCUCCUGCACCUCUUCUUGGGGAGUCUAUUAAAUCCAUUGUGCAGUUCUCUCUUGAAGUUUGCUCAAGUCAAACUUUGGAGUCUAACACUCGUCAUCAGGCAGUCCAAAUAAUCUCAUGGCUGGCAAAGUAUAAAUACAAAUCCCUAAAAAAGUAUAAGCUCAUCAUUCCCAUUCUGCAAAUAAUGUGUCCAUUGCUUGCCGAAUCAACUAAUGGAGAAGAUGAUGAUGAUCUUGCUCCAGAUCGAGCUGCUGCAGAAGUUAUUGACACUAUGGCUUUGAAUAUUCCAAAGCAAGUCUUCAGUCCUGUUCUUGAAUUUGCUUCUAUAAGCAGUCAGAAUGCAAAUCCUAAGUAUAGGGAAGCUUCUGUUACUGCUUUAGGUAUCAUUUCAGAGGGUUGUGUGGAGUUGAUGAAAGAUAAGUUGGAUCCAGUUCUUCAUGUUGUUUUAGGUGCUUUGAGGGAUCCGGAGGAAAUGGUAAGGGGAGCUGCUUCCUUUGCCUUGGGUCAGUUUGCUGAGCAUUUACAACCUGAAAUUGUAUCUCACUAUGAAAGUGUACUGCCCUGCAUCUUGAAUGCCCUGGAGGAUGCAUCUAACGAUGUGACGGAAAAGUCAUAUUAUGCUUUGGCUGCAUUUUGUGAGAACAUGGGUGAGGAAAUACUACCAUUUCUUGAUCCCUUAAUGGGGAAACUACUAGGGGCUAUCCAUAAUAGCCCUCGUAAUUUGCAGGAGACAUGCAUGUCUGCAAUUGGAUCAGUUGCUACCGCUGCAGAACAAGCCUUCGUUCCAUAUGCUGAAAAGGUUUUGGAGUUAAUAAAGAAUUUCAUGGUGCUCACUAAUGAUGAGGAUCUCUGUUCACGAGCAAGAGCUACUGAAUUAGUUGGAAUAGUCGCGAUGUCUGUGGGGAGAGCUGGGAUGGAACCAAUUUUACCGCCUUAUAUUGAAGCUGCAAUUUCUGGUUUUGGAUUGGAGUUUAGUGAGCUUCGAGAGUAUACACAUGGAUUCUUCAGUAAUGUUGCAGAAAUUUUGGAUGAUGGAUUUAUACAGUAUCUUCCUCAUGUUGUCCCACUGGCAAUUUCCUCGUGUAAUCUUGAUGAUGGCUCUGCAGUGGACGUUGAUGAAUCUGACGAUGAAAAUAUCAAUGGAUUUGGUGGAGUUUCGUCCGAUGACGAAGCUCAUGAUGAACCAAGAGUACGAAAUAUUAGUGUAAGAACAGGCGUUUUGGAUGAAAAGGCUGCUGCAACUCAAGCGCUUGGCUUAUUUGCACUGCAUACAAAGACUUCAUACGGACCCUAUUUGGAGGAGUCAUUAAAGAUUCUAACAAGACACUCGGGCUAUUUUCAUGAAGAUGUUCGGCUCCAGGCAAUCACUGCCUUGAAACAUAUUUUAACAGUGGCACAUGCAAUUUACCAGAAUCAUAAUGAAGGACAAGCAAAGGCCAAAGAAGUUCUAGAUAGUGUGAUGAAUAUUUAUAUCAAGACUAUGACUGAAGAUGACGACAAGGAGGUGGUUGCCCAAGCUUGUAUGAGCAUUGCUGACAUCAUUAAAGAUUUUGGAUAUAUGGCGGUUGAACCCUAUAUGUCCCUGCUGGUUGAUGCUACUUUGGUACUGCUUCAGGAGAAAUCAGCUUGUCAGCAGACAGUAUCUGAUGAUGAAAUUGAUGAUGGUGAUGUUGAACAUGAUGAAGAGCUCAUGGAUGCAGUCUCUGAUCUGCUCCCUGCUUUUGCCAAGUCCAUGGGUCCUCAUUUUGCAACUAACUUUGCAAAACUUUUUGGCCCUUUAAUGGAGUUUGCGAAAGCUUCACGGCCAUUGCAGGAUCGGACUAUGGUUGUUGCCUGCCUUGCUGAAGUUGCUCAGAACAUGGGUGCUCCAAUUGCAGCAUAUGUUGAUAAUGUGAUGCCCUUGGUACUCAAGGAACUAACAUCCUCAGACUCAACCAAUAGGAGGAAUGCUGCAUUUUGUGUUGGAGAGUUGUGCAGAAAUGGGGGUGAGGGGACAUUCAAAUAUUAUGGAGAUAUAUUACGUCGGCUUUCUCCAUUAUUUGGGGAAUCUGAGCCGGAUAAUGCUGUCAGGGAUAAUGCAGCUGGUGCAGUUGCAAGAAUGAUAAUGGUGCACCCCGAGCUUAUCCCAUUGAACGAGGUACUUCCUGUUUUUCUGAAAGUUCUCCCACUUAAAGAAGAUCAUGAGGAAUCCAUGGCAGUGUACACUUGCGUCUCUACUCUUGUUUUAUCAUCCAAUGCUGAGAUUCUUUCUCUGGUCCCUGAGUUGGUUAAUGUAUUUGCUCAAGUUGUGGCAUCACCAGUUGAACCUACCGAGGUGAAAGCACAUGUAGGCAGAGCUUUUUCUCACCUGGUUUCAAUCUAUGGCCAUCAGAUGCAGCCCCUUCUGAACAAUCUAUCCCCUCAACAUGCUAAUGCCCUUGCCACAUUUGCUCCAAAGAGCUGAGAGUCAGUUACUUGCUUUCUAUAUGCAUUUAUCUAAGAAGCUUUUGAGUGAGGCCUCCCAGUCGUGGUUCUUCCACAUAAUUUGGCGUGGAUUUUUAUUGCCGAGAUUCUUUUCCAGACACCGUAGUUGUGCAUCCCAUGUUUACAUCUGGGAUCAAUUGAUCAUGCAAGGAGGACAUCUUGUAAGGUUUCAAUCCUCCUUCGAAAACCACCUCCAUUUUUCAAGGCUGGAGAUACCAUAUUUAUUUGUUUUUAUAUUUAUCAUCUUUUUAAAUCAUAGCUAUUCAUUUUCCCCCAAAUUGUGUAUCCCACAUUCAGCAACUUUUUGAUAAAGUGGAGUGAAUUUUGAAGUUCUAAGCUUGUAGCCUUGUUAGUCUGUUAUGGUGUGGGAACCUAGGCCUUAUAAAAUGGGAUCAUGUGAUUCUUAAAUAUCAAUUUUCACCUCAGUGUUUUGCUUUGUGACAUAUUA